CAGGAAGUGAUCUCAACAGAAGCGGCAGCGUUUGGUUUUCUGUUGAUGAAGAUGAAGCUGAAAUGACUGAAAGUGGUGCUCAGCUGUUUGCCCGUCUGGAGCCUCGGCGUUCUCUGAAGGACGUUGAACCUCGCCUGUUUCCUGACGACGGAGGACCCGACCACGGUGAGGUGGUGGAGCUGUAUGGAACGGAGGGAACAGGUAAGACGGAGCUGCUCUACCACCUGCUGUGUCGCUGUGUGUUGCCCGUGGCAACCGGCGGUCUGGAGGUAGACGUUGUGUUCGUGGACACCGACUACAGUCUGGACAUGUUACGACUCGUCAGCAUCCUCGACAGCAGACUGAACGCAGACGAGGCAGCGCUGCGUUUGUGUCUCUCUCGUCUCCUGGUCGUCCACUGCUCCUCCUCCUCCCAGCUCCUCCUCACCCUCCACUUCCUGGAGACGUCGUUGUCGUCGAGGCCCAGCCUGUCGCUUCUCCUCAUCGACAGCAUCUCCGCUUUCUAUUGGCUGGACCGCUGCGAGGGCGGGGCCAGCGUCGCCAAGCAGGAAGAGAAGCUCAGCAAGUGUGCAGUGCUGCUGGGCCGACUGCUCAGGGAUUACAGAAUCACCGUCUUCGCCACCUGCCACGCCAUGAGGAGGAGCUGGAGCGGACCCUCCUCCUCCUCCUCCUCGGACUACGACCGGCCCUACCUCUGUCGCCCCUGGCAACGCCUGGUGACCCACCGGCUGCUGUGCUCCAGGCUGGAGGCUGCAAGCAACAUGGCCGCCACAGCAGGAGGCAGCAAGGAGCAGAGGAGACGGCAGGUCUUCACCGUCCACUGCACCUCCUCCUCCUCCUCUCUCCUGCCCCCUCCCUCCUCCUCCUCCUCUCUCCUGCCCCCUCCCUCCUCCUCCUCCUCUCUCCCCUCCCUCCUCCUCCUCCAGGACGAAGGCCUACAGGAGCAGCUCCUUCUGCGUGACCGAUGGAGGAGUGGAGUUUAUCUGAGCCGUCACUGCCCGCACACUCACCAGUCCCUCCAGCAAAGCCUGAUUAUGUGAUCGCAUAAUUCAUCGCAUAAUCAGCCAGAGUCCGCAUAUUUAUGGGGGGUGGGGGGCCACAUUUUUUUAAAUAAGCCGCACU